AGUACAAAAGUUGCAUGGAAUUUAUCAAAAGAUAUCUCAAAAGUUAGCUUGAAUUACAUGUACAUUGUACAUGAAAAGUCAGUUGUCAGAAGUUAUAGAAAUGUAAUUUUCAGAUGAAGAUGUGGGCAUAGGGCCUUUAAUUUUGAAAUGAAAGUGCUGUAAAUUUACUUAAUUUGGCAAUAACACAACGUUGCAGUGUGUCGUGUACUUUGGGGAAUGCAGACAGAACACAUAAAACUCAUGCAGUCAUUCAAUUCAUAAAUGACGAUUGUUGGUUUCGUUCGCGUUCCAUUCACCCGGGAUAACCGAAGCCGUAUGUGUAUUAGUGACGCGUCAAACCUCGCCCAUGCCAGCACUGCUACUGAACUUCGGGAGAAUUAGCAUAACAAAAGACGUCCAUGGCCCUAAGGAGACCUUUGCCGAGAAUUGGAAAAAAAAGUUUCCUUUCAAUUACUGUUCGAGGGGCGUGAAGUGCAAGUAACAACAGUGCAAUUGCCUACUGUGCAGGAAGUAGUGCGGAGAGUUGUGCAGGAAGUAGACGCCGUUUUAUUUUUAUAAAGAAAAUGGCGAUCUUGAUUUCCCUUCUCGUUUUGAUUUCACCUGUUGCCAGUGCGGUUUACGGUGACAGUGUUGUCAGAACGACAGCGGGAAAAGUACUCGGAAUGGAGCUAGAAGCGAACGGGACUGCGCACCGUGUCUUCGCCGGGAUACCCUACGCCGAACCGCCCGUACGUUUCAGCGCGCCGGUUGCCAAAACCCCGUGGGGUGAAAAUGGGGCAUUCAACGCGACGGCGUUCGGUCCGGCCUGCCCACAAGAUGUGGCACGCCUUACUGCCUUCGCACCGGACUGGGUUCGAAUCCCUGACCCGGCGAUGGAGAUCAGCGAAGAUUGCUUGACUCUGAAUGUCUACACGCCGGUUAUUGGCAACGACACCAGCAACCCCUUGGCGGUGAUGGUGUGGUUUCACGGAGGGAGUUACCGAAACGGCUUGGGAAGUGUUUAUGACGCGUCUCAGCUCGCCUUGAAGGGAGACGUAGUGGUUGUCACCAUGAACUAUCGGCUUGGACCAUUCGGGUUCCUGUACACGGGGGACGAGAACGCACCAGGGAACGUCGGCUUGAUGGACCAGCAGCUAGCUCUACGAUGGGUGCAGGAUAACAUCCAUGCCUUCGGGGGUGAUCCAUCCCGCGUAACCCUCUUCGGCCAGUCUGAUGUCCACGGUUCACCCACCGUCCACAUGUUCGCCAAGGCUAGCCGGUCUCUCUUCCACCGAAUGGCAGCGCACAGUGGUGUCAUGCAAAGCGAAGACCUACUGGAAUCCUCGCGAGCGAUCGAGGAUGCCAAACUCUUCGCCCAGUUCGCAAACUGUCCCAGCAAAUCCAGCGGUCCCCUUGUGGAAUGUCUCCGGGGCAAGACCGUCAAAGAAAUCGUGGACUCCUACGAACCCUUCUUCUCGCAGCGGAAAAAGACUUCCUUCGCGUGGCGCCCCGUUUUCACUCGCGACUUCUUCGCAUUGACUGGAGACUCCUUGUCGUACGACCUCCUCUCUGUCUUCAACUCCGGUGACGGUUCUGUUGCUUUAGAGCUCAUCAAAGAUUUGUAUCCAGGUAUCUUACUUAGCAAUGGUGCAACAGAGGAGCAGUUGAAACAAUGGCUAGAUGUGAACAUCGACAAACCAGACGUGAUCGACAUAGCUGUCGAACGCCAGUACAUUGAGAUCGACACUAUGAACGACAGCGUUGCCCGGAUGAAGGGUCUUUUCAACAUCCAGCUGGACCGGACCUUGUACCAAUACGGCGUCCAAGCACUCCGCGACCUGCGCUCUAUGUUAUCAUCGAGCCGCCUCAUGAUCUUCGAUUACCGUACGUCGACGGAGACCCGCUUCCCCGACCCGUACGGCCUGGUGCCGCACGGUGAGGAGUUGCCGUACGUCUUCGGAUUGCCGCACGAUGAGUCGUGGGGCCUUGGCGCGCAAUUCACGGACGAAGAGCGGAUGUUAAGCCUCUGCAUGAUACGAUACUGGUCCAACUUUGCCAAAACCGGAGAUCCAAACAAUAACGAAGGGGAAGAUGCUUCAUCUGCCAGCAACAACACCUGGCCCGAGUACGGAGAGAACGAGAAGUACUUACUCACCAAGCUCUCAACGGAGACGGUCGGUGAGAGGUACCGCAGCGAAGGCGUCUCCUUCUGGAGGGAGUACCUGAAGGAGCUGGAGGCCGCUGUUGAGGAAGCCUGCCCCGCACAGCCGAGGCCGACUCAGGAGAGAUGCGAGAAACAAGUGAUUGGCGAGGGCCUGGGGUUGGCUCUCACACCGCAGCAGACCGACACGCUGAUCGAAUCGUUCAUGUUCAUCGUCGUGGCUUUGCUUUGUCUGUGUGUCAUCCUGGUCGGGGUGGCUUGUGGGUACAAAUACAGACGUAGAGCUGUGUCGAGCCUCCACUAUCAGAGCAUGGCCUCAGAGGAAGGGGUUGUUAACGAAGCCACGGGCAUGGGGCUGUUAAACCGUGGCUUUCGACGGGAUGAGGAAUCUCCUGGGACCAGCGGAUCCAGCAGCCCAGACCCUGUUGGCGAGCAAGCUGCCCCACUGCCGAAGAAACACCUAGAAGAUGACAUUCCGGAAAACCGAGAUACAAGAAGGAGCCAUGUGACUUUCUCGCAGGUCUACAACGAAGAGGAAGAUGUGCAGCAGAUGUUCCCUCCUCCACCAGAUGAUCUGGAUGAUGGUGAUGAUCCCCCGGUUGACAGCAUUGAUCAGGAAGAGGGCCUUCCCCCUCCUCCUGAGGAGGACGGGGAUGAUGAUGUCCCUCCUCCUCCAGAUGAGCUUGAAGAGCUCAAUCUCUCUGAUGAGUUCCGCAUGCCGGAGGAAGUCGCCUCCUCCUCACCGGCUACCACCGGCAAUGAGGACGAUGACGGCAGCCUGGCAUCGGACCCUGAUUCAAACGAACCCCCUGCGGACGAAGGGGGUAGUCGGGUAUCCGACCCAGCAGAUACGCCUGUGAAUCUGGAGCCAGCCCAUGACCCACUGGACGACUUCCACUCCCUCAACCGCAGGCAGUCCGACAACUUCUACGAUAGGCUUAUGAACGCUAUUCCGCAGUAGCCAUGUUGGUAAGAUAAUGACAGUCACUUCGCAUCGUUGGUCGCUAAAUCGAGGGUUAUCUUUCUUUUCUUUUUUUGAUUUUUGGCAGAAUCACCAUAAUUGGAAUCAAAUCGAGGCUACAAUUGCCAAACAAAAAUCUGCGCUCCGUUU